UUCUUUCCUUCCUUAACGUCGCCUUUAGUCUGCACAAAAAAGGCGAAUCAGUUUCGAUCCUUAAUUCAACGUUUUUAUUUUUUCCUUGGCACAAUGUCGUUCAGCGGAACUCAGGAUAAGUGUAAUGCGUGCGACAAGACUGUUCAUAUCUGCGACCUGUUGACGGCUGAUGGCGUCCCCUAUCACAAAACCUGCUUCAAAUGCAGUCACUGCAAGGGGAAUCUAACUAUGUGCAGCUACUCAUCCAUGGAUGGUGUCCUCUACUGCAAGCCUCACUUUGAGCAGCUCUUCAAGGAGACUGGCAGCUUCUCCAAGAAAUUCCAUACUCCGCCCAAAUCUGAGAACAAGGAACUGUCAAGGGCACCAAGCAAGGUCUCCUCCAUGUUCUCUGGAACCCAGGAAAAAUGUGCCGUCUGCAAUAAGACUGUUUACCCUUUGGAGAAGAUAACUGUGGAAGGGGAGUUUUACCAUAAGACCUGUUUCAAGUGUUCUCAUGGGGGAUGCAUACUCACAACAUCAAACUAUGCUGCAUUGAAUGGGAUUCUCUACUGCAAGCAUCACUUUGCUCAGUUGUUCAUGGAGAAAGGAAGCUACAACCACUUGAUUAAGACUGCUUCGAUGAGGAAGAACUCGGCUGAACAGGUGGUCCCACCAGAAUUAGACCUGACAGUGGACCCCGCAGCAGAGGCAGAGGCAGGGGUGGCGAGAGAGACAGAGACACAGCCGGAAGCGGAGACAGAGAGCACUGCAGAAUAGUCAUAAAGAGGGUGUUUUUUACUUGAUUUUUUUCGGUCUAGCUCUAAAAAAAGUUUUUAUUUCUUUUUUAUCAGCUUUUUUUGGCCUUUUUGCAGAUUUUAAUAUGAAACUCAUGAAAACAAGGGGAAAAUAAAGUUUGUACUCAGUUGUUACCUGUAUUAUUGUUGUUGUGAUAUUGGGGAUUAUUUGUUUUGAAGAAAGGUGGAUGUUUAUACGUUGAA